AUGCAAGUUGGGCUAAUUACUGUGUUUGUAUUCAGCGAAGGGCAUGAUUCCAUAUCCUCUCUCACGGAAGCGUACAGGGAUAAAAUCAAAGACCACAAGCGUGCUGCUAAUGCCGCACCCCCAUCUACACCUACAGGCCAAGGCCAGCAGACGCAGCACUCUCCAUUCCAAUCACCUCCGCCUCCCGUACCUACUCAGCAGUCGACAUCACCCCCACCGAAUCCACAAGCAAAGUCUGCAAACCAAGCUUCUGGUGCCCCGGGAAUAAAACCUCUUUCCUCGUAUCUUGACCUUGAAAAGGUGUCUUCCCUGCCCAAGAAAGAGGUGGAAUAUAUCUGGCGGCUUCGGCACGCAAACGACCCAUUAUCGCUCUGUGCUGUCAUACCCUUGGAAACAUAUAAUCGCAUCUACCGCACGGCGAGAAGGCACCCGCAAUUCGUCCUUCCCUUACCGCGCCCUGUUGCCGAGGAUGGUAGUGGCGAUCUGAAACAAUCGACCGAGGGAUUCGAAGGUAGCGAACAACGAUCUGCUGCCGAUAUUCAUUUCCUGCAAUGGGGGUUCCAUCCUCCUGCUGGGAUUCCCCCAAGUCCGGAGGUGAAGACUGCAAAUACCCACACCAGCACUGUGCUCUUCACGCACUUAGCUGCGUUUAAGCUUCAUGGGACCUAUGCUCAACCACACACGACAAUCACACAUCAUCUCGGCCUUGCGGACUCACAUGGCCUGGUUUUGUUGAACGGAUCUGUUGUCAAAGGGCGGGGUGUGAGUGUCGAAGAAGGUCGGUGGCUUUUGAUGUGCCUCCAGAAGUUCUAUGACUAUGAAGGUCACGGAGGGGGCAUUGGACGUGAAAAGCGGCAAGGACUUUUGGAGAAAUUCAGCAAUGGCGACCAAGGAUUCAGCCUGGAAGACCUGGUCGACGAAGCCGAGAGAAUAUCAUGA